GGAGAGGGACCCGGAUGCUGAUGCUGCCCGACGAAGAGAGGGGAAGAAAGAGAGACGUAACGGGCCACUUCUGAUAACCUGCGAGAUUAGAUCACGAAGCCCAGGCCAUCCAUUCCAACAACAACACAAAUAAUAAUAACUGACGCCUUCCCUUUUGUAAUCUUUUUUUUUUUUUUUUUUUUUGCGCCCAUGCUACAGACUGAGGGAGGGGAUGCGGUGAUAUCACGCUCCGCGGCCAGCCAGGGACGGAGAGGAGGAGAGACGGGGAGGAGCAGAGGGAGGAGAGACAGAGAGGAGCAGAGGGAGGAGAGGCGGGGAGUCGGCUGCCACCGAGCCAGCUGAGGAUGCUUGUCGUUUCCAGGAGCGGGAUUUAGUCGCCGGGCCGCGCGCUCGACUCUCCUCCGGCGCACCGAGCGCACCUCGCCCCCCCCCCCCCCCCCCCGCCGCCGCCGCCGCUGUCCCGCGUCCGGUCCGCCCGUCGCGGCUGCUCGCCACGCUCUUGAUGCUCUCCCCCCUCUUCCUCUGUUUCCUGAUGCAGGGCCGGGCGGGGGGCGAGCCAAAGUGUGCACCGGAUAUUGGAAAACCCAUUCUUCUGGCUGAUGCUGUCACGAUAAUAGGUCGCCAUCCGGACACCGCCGCGUCCGCGCGGAGAGCCAGGUCCUGACCGAGCGAGGCCCGGCCCGAGGCGGGACACGGAGGGGGAUGCUGGAGCCCGGGAGACUUGUGAAAACAUUUCCCGGACGGCAGCAGUAGCGAGGAGGAGGAGGAGGAGGAGGGGGGGGAGGAGGAGGAGGAGGAGGAGGGGGUCUCCCUGAUAUCGAUCAGAGAAUGGAUUCAAUCAGGGCAUUCUGACUUGGGAUAUUUGAGACUCCUGCUUUUUUCUUUUCUUUUUUUUGGGGUUUGUACAGGAAUCAAUCCGUGGCAAAUGUAGCCUUCCUGUCCGGCUCUGGCUGAGAUCUGUCCUCUCCUGCUUCACUUUCUUUUUUCUUCUCCAGCUGCAUAGAAGCCGUGCGAGAUCACUCAGCGUUGAACCACUGUUAUUUAUAGCAGGGGUGGGCUGGAUGUGACUAUUCAUCCAAUUGUGGACAAAAACCUCGCACGCCCCUUUUUCUCUCUUUCCCUGGUCUUUUCCACCGGCCCUUUUAAACGAUGCUGCUGUGAGUCCCGGGACACACUUUACUCCGCAGGCCUCAUUGCCUCUCCCGGCGCGGCAGCUGACCGCAUGACAAACAAGUGCAUGGGAGUAGCCUGCAGGGCCCGGCGUUAGAUCACGACCACGCCAGCCCCCCCCCCCCCGCCGCCGUGCAGCCGCCUGUGAUGUGCGUUAGGGCAUUACGCACGGAGCAGGACCGAGCCCUAUCUUGAUCCGCCUCGCCUCGGCAACAGAAGCGCAUCCCGGCACGGGAGGGGAGAAGGAUGAGCAGCAAGGAGCUGACGGUGGGCCCGUCCAGCCAGUACGUGGGGCCCUACCGGCUGGAGAAGACCCUCGGGAAGGGGCAGACAGGACUGGUGAAGUUGGGUGUCCACUGUAUAACGGGACAGAAGGUGGCCAUAAAGAUUGUGAACAGAGAGAAGCUCUCCGAAUCGGUCCUAAUGAAGGUGGAGAGAGAAAUAGCUAUUCUUAAACUAAUAGAGCACCCUCAUGUUCUGAAGCUGCACGAUGUCUAUGAGAAUAACAAAUACCUGUACCUGGUGCUGGAGCAUGUGUCCGGCGGAGAGUUAUUCGACUACCUGGUGAAGAAGGGCAGGCUGACCCCCAAAGAGGCCAGGAAGUUCUUCAGACAAAUCAUCUCCGCCCUUGACUUCUGCCACAACCACUCCAUAUGUCACAGAGACCUGAAGCCGGAGAAUCUUCUCCUGGAUGAGAAGAACAACAUCAGGAUAGCCGACUUCGGCAUGGCCUCGCUGCAGGUCGGGGACAGCCUGCUGGAAACCAGCUGUGGGUCCCCUCAUUAUGCUUGCCCAGAGGUCAUAAGGGGGGAGAAGUACGACGGUCGAAGGGCAGAUGUUUGGAGCUGUGGAGUCAUCCUCUUUGCUCUUCUUGUGGGUGCCUUGCCCUUCGACCACGACAACCUGCGGCAGCUUCUCGAGAAAGUGAAGAGCGGAGUGUUCCACAUGCCCCACUUUAUACCUCCUGACUGCCAAGCUUUGCUCAAGGGCAUGAUAGAAGUCAACCCUGACAAGAGACUCACGCUAGAAGCAAUACAGAAACACGCCUGGUAUCAGAGUGGCCGCAACGAGCCCUGCCCCGAGCAGCCGCCGCCUCGCCGGGUGUGUGUGAAGAGGAUCCAGUCCUUAACGGAGCUGGACCCCGACGUGCUGGAAAGCAUGUACUCCCUGGGGUGCUUCAGAGACCGGGUCAAGCUCACGCAGGACCUUACAAGUGAGGAGGAGAACCAGGAGAAGAUGAUCUACUACCUCCUGUUGGACAGGAAGGAGCGAUACCCCAGCUGUGAGGACGAGGAUCUGCCGCCCAGAAACGACCUUGAUCCACCUAGGAAGCGCGUGGACUCCCCCAUGUUGACGCGUCAUGGCCGCUGUCGUCCGGAGAGGAAGAGCCUGGAAGUCCUCAGUGUCACAGAACAGGGGUCUCCCACCCCACCUCGCAGGGCCCUGGACACCAAUGCACACAGCCAGAGGUCUCGUUCGGUCAGCGGAGCGUCCACGGGCCUGUCCUCCAGCCCCCUCAACAGUCCCAAGAGCCCGGUCUUCACUUUCAACCAAUCAGAAGUCACCUCCACUUCCUCCUCCAAAGACCCCAAACCAGGAAGUGCCACCGCCUCUCGGCCUACCCGCCCGCCGCCUGACCCCAAAACACAGACCCUGCCCACAAAGGGCCAAGCCGACCGGCCCCAGCUCCACUCCAUGAAGUCGCUCCCUCUUCAGACGCCGCGCUCCCCUUCCCCGUCCCCGUCCCCGCUCCUCUCUCCCAUCCCGCGCUUCUUCAACUUCCCCUCUCCAUCUGUCUUCAAGUCCAAGAACUCCCAGUCGGCCUCUAACUCCUCUGCCACGCCUCCUCCUGUCUCGCAGGUCACGCCGCAGGGCUCGCCGCUGCCCACUCCGCUGGGCACGCCCGUGCACCAAAUUCAACACCCUUCGUCCACCACCCCUCCCUCCUCUUCCUCGUCGUCCUCUUCUUCCAGAGCCGACGGGGCCGGCGGGGCCUCGCUGUCGCUGACGCCGCCCUCCAGCCCGGGCGGCAGUGGCGGGCUGGCCGCCUCGAGCUCCGGCCACUGGAGAACAAGGCUCAACUCGUUCAAAAACAACCUGCUGGGCUCGCCUCGCUUCCAUCGGCGCAAAAUGCAAGUCCCCACAUCAGAGGACAUGUCCAGUCUGACUCCAGAGUCCAGUCCAGAGCUGGCCAAGAAGUCCUGGUUCGGUAACUUCAUCAGCCUGGAGAAAGAAGAGCAGAUCUUUGUUAUGAUUAGAGACAAGCCGCUCAGCUCCAUCAAGGCGGACAUCGUCCAUGCCUUUCUCUCUAUCCCGUCCCUCAGCCACAGUGUUGUGUCUCAGAACAGCUUCCGGGCGGAGUACAAGUCCUCCGGCGGCCCCUCUGUCUUCCAGAAGCCCGUCAAGUUCCAAGUGGACAUCGCUUUCUCGGAGGGGGAGAGGGAGCGAGAGAGGGAGCGAGCGGAGAGGGAAGGAAGACGAGAGAUGGGCAUCUACAGCGUCACCUUCACGCUAGUAACAGGUCCCAGUCGCAGAUUCAAAAGGGUGGUGGAAACCAUUCAGGCCCAGCUCCUGAGCACUCAUGAUCAGCCUUCUGUGCAGGCACUGGCUGAUGAGAAGAACGGGCAGCUCUCCCGCCAGCCCAGCACGCCGACGCGUCAGAACUCUCGCCGCUCCGAGAGCGGAUCCGACCGGGAGCGGGCGGCGGACGCGGGAAGCGGGAGCGGGAGCGGGAGCGGGAGCAACAGUAGCACCGUCUUACAAAGGCGAGAGUCAGGGAAAGACAAGAACAGACUCCUCUCGUCGUCCAAUGGGACGCAGUCUCAUCCCUGAGAAGAAUGUUGCGGAAGAGAGGCCCUUUCUCUCUUCCUUCCCUCUGUCCUUCCCACAUUGUUUCCUUUCCCGUUUCCUUACUUUUUUGCCUUUUGCUUCCUGCCAUUACCCCCUAGCAGUGGGUUGGAGGUGGGGGGGAGGAGUUUUUCCCUUGAAGCUGAUCUAUGGAUAUGACGGAAUUUCCCCACAAAUGGCUGAUUUUAGCAGAAAUGUAUGUUUGUGGGGGUGGCGGAGACGGGUGGAGCUGAUCUCUAGUCAGCCUUCAGGGGCGUCCUCGCCCCAGAGCGACGGGUCUAAAGACUGGAUGUCCCAAAAAAAAAGCCCACCUCAACAGUGAAAUACAGGAAAAGCUCACAGCUAAGCGGAAAACACGCCGUUCGCCCACUCCGACGAACCGAGAAAGCACAUUGCCUUCCCACCGACCGAUCACAUGCAGCAAGUGGUUCAUAUCCAACGGGAGACCUCGCGUCAGUCAGUCGAAAUGGUGAAGGGGACAAAGAGCCUCGAGGCAUGUUCGUUAAUCAUUUCCUGACCAGCCAAGCGUCACCUGGAUCACGGAGUCUCCUCAACACCACGAUGAGUCGCAUGGCGAGAAACCUGCUCUCCUCUCUUCUACUUCAAUUUCCAAUCGAAGACAAACAUGUGUUCUCAAAAAGUCUUUCGGAAAAAGGGAACAGGAAUUUACCGAAUGGCCGCCGAAGUGGAUUUUCUCUACAGGGACCUUACAGAGCUGUGUCCGACCAACCAAGGGAGUCUGAGAGCAGAGAAAGAGCAACAAAGCAAUGAUGAGAAAAGGAUCUGAUGUGGUCCACGUACUGUAAUGUAGCCGCAAAGCUAGGUGAAAAUCAAAAAAACCCCAACAACAACAAAAGAACAAACACCCCCAGACACCUUUUCCUUGAGUGUAUGAGAAACAUGAAGUCCCACAAUUUAAUUUCUGAAUAACACUGAUAAAGCUAUGAUACCGUGUUGCCUUUAACGGAGGAGAAAAAAAGUGGAUAGCUAGUUAGAUUUUAGUACCAUUUUGCGGACACUAGUCACACACACACAGGUAGACUGUUUCACAAGUGAACGCUCCCGCUGGCAGAAAAGAGACGAGGAGUAGAUUAGACACAGAGGAUGGCGAGACACAGGUUUCCAUUUGGUGGCGAAAUGGAAAUGGGAAAAAAAAGCACAUUUUCCUCUUGAGCUAGUGUAGAGAUGACAAUGAAAGUCUAGUUUUGUUAAAGGAUAGGUUGUGAUUUAGUUUGUCCCAAUGCAAAGUUGAUAGGCCAUAUGCGCACUGCAAGAGUUCACUGUUCGCUGCGCUUCUUCCCACGCGCUGGCGGUGAGGAAAUACCUUCCGAGAGCAACUACGCUGAAAAAGACAAGAGGCCUCGAUCCACGGUUCCCCGCUGUGCAUUGUAAUUGUCCGGCUGAAGCUGAUGUGAGGCUUCAUCCGAGUCCGAGUCAGACUAACUAAUGUUCUCUAAGCCCCCGCCCCUAUACAUGGGCUGUCCAAUCACAGCUUAGUGGGGCGCAAUGCUCGAAAUGUGGCCUUUGAGUUGAGUGUUAGGGAGCUGACGGUAGCCUAAUGAGUUGGAAGUCGGGGGAAAAAGUGACGUCCGCUGUCCGAAAUGAGCGUCCUCCCCUUUGACUUUCGUCUGUCUCAAAUUGAGUGACUGAUUUCAAAAAAAUAACAAGUGAAAAAUGGAUCCGUGUCAUGGCAGAGGACACGCACACAGGCACCGGCACAGUAAUGAGUACGAUUUCUGUCUCGCAUCACAACCAGGAGGCGGACGAAAAGGUUUUUUGCUCCUCGCUGACUUGUGGAUUGUAGUUCCAUUCUAAAAUAUGCAGGCCGAUAUACGGGCCGAGCGACGUCAUCAUCUCGUGGGGAGGUCAGCAGGAACGCUGGUGCUUAUACAAGAAACACGUCUCUGCUGCCGAUGAGGCACAAGACUCAUGUUGGCCCUCAUUUUAAGUUUGGCUCAACAAGAAUGCAUUGUCGGACAGUUUAAAAAAACAAACAUUUACCCUUAUGAUAUAAUGAUAUAAUCAUGGAAGGUAUCACCUCAGAGCCGCCAGUGAGAGGAUGAAGGAUCACCGUGACCGAUGGCACUUUCAGUGUUCAUAUCAGCGUGUGAAUACUGUAUUGCGAGUCCCUUGGGGGGGGGGGAGAAAAAUCGACCCUUUGACUAGGAGGAAAAUUGAAAUCCAUAGAGUUAAUAUACCUUAACAUUCUGAAACAAAGCAGCUGGUCAAACAGGACAGCCGAUUGUUUAAAGUAUUUAGACCCACGCCGAAACCCCUUUCAAUGAGACUUUUUGGUUUGCCAGAAGAUGCAGAACGACGCGGCUCUCACCUCAGCCCCGUCAGGACCCCGGCCCUCUCUGCCUGUGAACGAGCUGGACGGAGGCCCGAGAGGAACAAAUGGGAAAAUACACAGACGAGACAGAGAAAAAGACUUGGGUGUCUUCUGUCAUAAGAAUUCUGCACACAUGCCUGGAGGGGGUGGGCGCGGUGGGGGAGGAAAAUUCAAGCCACACCUAAAAAAAUGUACAAUUCACGUGUUUAGCCUUAUAUUUUCCGUUCCUUUUUUCUUCUGUCCCCGGUCCUUGUGUGUUUUGUUUUGUUUGUUUCCGUGCGCGCCCCCAGCAACAGCAACAACAAAAAAGGACGCGAAUGUCAGAGAAACUUUCCUGAAAUUGUUGCGAGAAGAGUGUAAACAUAUUUUUGUUCCAUAUAUUCAAUUGAAAGUGUAUUUAUUAAUUUAUGUAUUUAUCUAUUUAUUUAUUUUUCCGCGUACUUGCUUAGAGUGUGAUUUAUUUCCCAUGAAUUGAACAGCAGGGCGAGACAGGGAAAUGUCACCUUCGAGGUGUCUAAUACUGCAGGGCUCACCGGCUUUCCCUGAGGAAAACUAAUCCCUCUCCCUUUUCUUUUUUAAACAUUCCAAAAAAUAAAAAGGCCAACCAGCAGGCCCAAGCCUUCGCUGUCCUAUGUACGAACCUCGCACAAGCUGUAGGCUUUUUCGGUCUUGGUUCAGAAUGUUUAAUGAUUCACGGGCAGUGACUGAAAACACAAGAGCACUUUUCUUGUCGCUUCCAUUCCCCGUGAAACAUCCUGUAUUUGAAUUAACGCCGGCCAACACCCGACUGAAACCGUGACACAUUCCUGAUAGGACUCGCGAUGGUGCUUUCGCCUAACGGGUGAAAAGCAACGCUCACUUGCAGUUUCAUCUGCCAGCGCCCCGUGCAAAGCUGGGGACUGCGGCGAGGACUUGCGGUUGCACUUGCAGGAGGGACUCGACGUCCAAAUUGAAGACAUUUCACAAUAUCUUGCCUGAUGUGUCGCACCCGCGGACGAGUUUUGUGGAAACGUUUUUAGUCUGCCCUUGUUGACAGUUUUGUUCUUUUUCGGUGGCGCAGAACAUGUGCGGUCUGUGUUUUGUUUUAACGCAAGAUGUACAUGUAUUUUCUUUUCCCCUCUCAUGUAAUCGGAGCCUUUGUUUCCCCAUUCCAGUGCUCUACGGAGGGCCCCCUUCAGAUGAGUCCAGCAAUGACAUGCACACUUCAGAAAAGGCCAGAGGUCAGGGAGCUCCAGAGUUACACACAUGACACGCGGAAGAGCGUGCUAAUGUCGCGGUCCUCUUCUAUCUUUUUGACACAAGGUCAGAGUCAACUCCGCCCACAGCAACUCUCACAAAGGAAUGAUUUGGUUAAAGGACAGAGAAAAGGGAAGAACAUAGAAGAAGAAGAAACAAGGCUGCUCCAGAGUUUGGUUCUACUCGGAGCAAACUCAAAAGACACAACAGGGGCCUCGGCACAUUGGUGGCUGAGACGCUGCCUGCUCGCUUAACUCUCUUAUUGAAAGAAAUCUCACCCCUCCCGCCCGCCAUUCCUCCUUUACUCCCCCAUCCACUUCGCAUUUGCUACUUGCCCAUUCGUCCUCUUUGUAUCUCUUGAAUCCUGCUCCAUGGCCACCCCUUGUCUCUCCCAACUGCACAUAUCUCACCCCCUUAUAUAAUCAACACCCCCCUCCCCCUUGUAUACAUUUUAUACACCGUAUACUUCAAUGCAAAUGCUGUAUACAUUUGUAUACACUGUAUGCCUGUCUCUGUCUCCAUUGUAUGCCAUUCAUAUCUAUGUAGCCUUCACUAUCUUUUAUCGACAUUGUAGCCACCGUACCAGUCUUACUUCUCAUCAUUAUCGCUCAUUGUCCCUCUGCAGAGAGAGUUGUACGACUAUAAUCUCUUGUCUCCUGCCCAUGUUCCCCCUCCACCCGAGCCCCCGCCACACCGCAUCCAUUGGCCUGCCGCUUCAUCUUGUGACCCUCCACUCCACACAAUGGAGAGGGUUUUCUUUUUUCACCCCGGAGAAAUUUCGCGAUGUCAGAAAAAAAAAAACUUGACGGAGGAGGGGGAGGAGCUGCGUGGGGGAGGGGGAGUCGAGAAAACGUUCGAACACAGUAAAUGAUGACAACAACGACAAAGAGAAAUGUCUGUAGUAUAAUUACAAAAAAGGAAAAGUGCACUAUUAUGACAACGAUUAUUAUUGCCUGUGAGAAAAAUACUGACCAAUAAACAACAAUGGAAAUAUA